CUUGGCAUCAGGUUCACUUUGGAAUUUCCCUCCACAAGCUCAACCACCUCUUCCCCCCCCUUUUUUUCUUAUCGACUAUGGCUUCGCUUGGAGACUACCGCGUGGCGGACAUCUCGCUGGCUGACUUCGGCCGCAAGGAGAUCGAGAUCGCUGAGAUCGAGAUGCCCGGUCUCAUGCAGAGCCGCAAGGAGUUCGGCCCGGAGCAGCCCCUGAAGGGCGCCCGUGUGGCCGGCUCCCUGCACAUGACCAUCCAGACGGCUGUGCUCAUUGAGACCCUGAAGGCUCUUGGCGGUGACAUGCGCUGGUGCUCGUGCAACAUCUUCUCGACGCAGGACCACGCCGCCGCUGCUAUCGCUCGUGACGGCUCGGCCGCCGUGUUCGCGUGGAAGGGCGAGACCCUGGAGGAGUACUGGGAGUGCACGCUCAACGCUAUCACGUGGCCCUCGGACGACGGCAAGGGUGACGGCCCGGACAUCAUCGUGGAUGACGGUGGCGACAUGACGCUGCUGAUCCACGAGGGUUUCAAGGCCGAGAAGGCGUUCGCCGAGAACGGCGCCGUGCCCGACCCGAACUCGACGGACAACGCCGAGAUGAAGUGCGUGCUCAACAUCAUCGCCCGUACGCUCAAGACGAACCCCAAGAAGUGGACUCAGAUCGCCCAGCGUUGCAAGGGUGUGUCUGAGGAGACCACGACGGGCGUCCACCGUCUGUACCAGAUGGAGAAGAACGGCACGCUGCUGUUCCCGGCCAUCAACGUCAACGACUCGGUCACCAAGUCCAAGUUCGACAACCUGUACGGCUGCCGUCACUCGCUUCCCGAUGGCAUCAUGCGUGCCACGGACGUCAUGCUGGCUGGUAAGCGCGUGGUGAUCUGCGGCUUCGGUGACGUGGGCAAGGGUUGUGCCCAGGCCAUGAAGGCCGCCGGCUCCAUCGUGUACGUGACUGAGGUGGACCCCAUCUGCGCUCUGCAGGCGUGCAUGGAGGGCUUCCAGGUGGUGCGUCUGGAGACUGUGGUGUCCCAGGCCGACAUCUUCAUCACCACGACGGGCAACAAGGACAUUAUCAUGGCCAAGGACAUGCUCAAGAUGAAGAACAACGCCAUUGUGGGCAACAUCGGCCACUUCGACAACGAGAUCGACAUGGCUGGCGUCACCAAGAUCGCCAAGCGCCAGAACAUCAAGCCUCAGGUGGACCGCUUCAUCUUCGAGGACGGCCACGCUGUCAUCAUCUUGGCCGAGGGCCGUCUGCUCAACCUGGGCUGCGCUACGGGCCACCCGUCGUUCGUCAUGUCUAACUCGUUCACUAACCAGACGCUGGCUCAGAUUGAGCUGUGGAAGGAGCGUGACACGGGCAAGUACGCCACCGGCAAGGUGUACGUGCUGCCCAAGGAGCUGGACGAGAAGGUCGCUCGUCUGCACCUGGACAACCUGGGCGCUCAGCUGACGGUGCUGUCGGACGAGCAGGCCGAGUACAUUGGCGUCAAGCCCACGGGCCCCUUCAAGCCGCAGACCUACCGUUACUAAGUUGGUGUCUGACUCGUUUCGACUAGAUGGCAGUCUUGCUGCUGUGUGCUGAGGCUGUUUGGGUUGAUGCAGAGAUAGCGCGUUCUUUCAUUGUGCUGAGAAGCGUCUUCCUGCUGCUUUGUCCACCACAAUGCUCUGUCCGACCCACGUAGCCAACGUAGCGCCAAGACAAGACUACAAUGGUAUUCAGAAACUAAUGUUAAACAUUUCAUUGCAACCAAUUGGUUGUCAACCCUCAAUUUCCUUGUUGCUGCUGCUCUACCAUCACUAAUACUACUUCGAAGUAUGCAGCAAGAAAAAUGGUUU